UGUUGGAAUGUUGGAUGUGGACGAGGCGAAGAGGGGAAGCAGGAACAGGCGACUCCGGAGCGAGCGAGAGGGGGGAGAAGACUGAGGAGGCGAGAUUGGAGCGAUAAUACGCCGCCAGCAACUAUCAUUACUCCGGGAUAGCGGAUCUUCGAGCUAGUUCUUCCAGUUUUAAAGCCAACAGAAGGUUCAACAUAGAACGUCCACGGGAACCAGUCAGCGAUGGGCGGUGAAGUGAACAGCCUGAGCGACAGCCUGUUUCAGUCGGACUGUACUGAGCGUGUCACAUUAUGACUAAUGGAGUAGCCCCCUCGGGGUGGUGUUUGUGUCGGAGAGGCGGAAGGGCUUGAAGGCAACAACACAAGCAGGAACACACACACACACACACACACACACACACACUCAUGAGCCUGUUUUUGCAAGGAUUUUGUAGUAUUUUGGAAAGUAACGUGCUAUAAAAAGUAACAAUGUAAACAUUUGUUGGUUGGUUAGGCAGUUAGCAGCAUUAUGCAAAACCUUUAUAGCGUAAAUGCUGUAUUUAUAGCCAGGGCGUUUAUUCAUCUAAACUACUAAGAGGAUGGGGCGUUAUCAUUCUAUAUAUAACAACUUAAACUGCUGCUGGAACUGCUGCUAAUUAGAAACACUGUUUAUUUAUUUAGAUUUUGUAGACCACGCACCCAGCAACUCUAGGAGACUCAGCGUUCAUUAGCAACAUUUUGGUGAACAGCUGGAAAUUGGUACGGAUUUGAGAAUUUUAUUUUAGCCGUAGCGCCAAGUGUGGCAAUGACCCUCCAGGUGCAGCAGAUAGAGCUGUGGUGGGGAAAAGAUGCCGCCAAUUGUUAAUUGUAAGUAACAGUACGGCAACGGUAACACACAUGAGGGUUACACCAACAGCUGAGUAGCAACAUUUUAAAGCGAAUGAAGUGGUAGAUACAGCUGCUUGUGAUACUUCAAAUGCUGCUACUGCCAUCUUGUGGAGUUAAACAAAUACACCAGGAGGUUUCCCACAGCCACAGAUGUGAAUGCUAAUGCAGUUAUUUGCUUUUACAGUAUAUACAUUUUAUUAGCGACUGGAACUUCUUCGUCAGCAGGUCACCUACAGCCAUACCCAAUGUUUUUCUGAGCUAGCGCUAAUUAGAGACCCCAAAGGGUUAUUAGCAUUUACACACCACGCACACAUAGGAGACGCACACAUUAAAAAGAUGCAAAUUGAUAGACGCAAAUCCGGAAAUGCCGAGUGAAGAGGUUAUUUUACCUUAUAGUCAAGUCUUUUAUGGUCAAGUGGGGCAGUGACCCAUCAGAUAAAAAAAGAAAAAGCUCACGGUGAGUGGCAGCUGGCACCUGCUUUAUAUUGCACAUUACCACCACCUGCAGGACUUGAUUGGAACGGUAUGGGUCAUAUUCAUGUUCUCGACUCAGUGUGACUUGUACAUCUGGCUGCCACCCCCACCCCCCAGCCCUCUUCUGGUAGACAAAGAUUCUCCUUCCCCCUCCUCCGUCCUCCAUUCAUCUAUCCAUCCAUCCCUCCCUCCCUCUCUCUCGCUCUAUCUCUCUCUCUCUCUCUCGCUCUCUCUCUCACUCGCUCUUGCUCAUCUCCCUCCCCCUUAGGACGCACUCUAUCCUUCCCACUCAUGCCACACUCUGUGAGUGUCGUGGUGGGGAUUAGGAAGGGGAAGGCCGCGUUGUAAGAGUGACCACAGAAGCCCGGGAUUUGGGCUUUCCCAAUUUAGCGCUCUUCUUUUUGCACUAUUCUGGACUUUAAAUGGAAGGAUUGUACCAUGAUAUCUCCAGGAUUGCCUACUACACAGAAUAUGACAGACACCUAGCAGCGGCGGUAUCAGCAGGGAAAACCAUGGCCACGCCCUACAUGGACCCCAACCUUAACCACUCCCUCCUGGGUGGCGCCCCAAGGCUCAGCACGGGGGGGUCAGAUCGGACCAUGGCCGGCUCCGUGGACAGGGUCCUGAAAGUCUUCCAUCACUUCGAGACCAACACGGAGCUCAGCAGCUGGUCCUCUAACAUUCGAUAUGGGGAUGCCACCGAUGUCCGGGGAAUCAUCCAGAAGAUCCUGGACAUCCACAAAGUGCGCUGGACGUCCUGCUUCGGCCUGCGUCUCAGCAGCAGCGGCCAAACCAGAGACCAAGUCUACUGGCUUCACCCAGACCUGGGCGUGUCUCACGUCCGCGAAAAAUACGAACAGACGCGUCCCGGCGAGGAGUGGAGGUAUGAACUGAGGAUCCGGUAUCUGCCAAAAGGCUUUGUGCAGCAGUUUACAGAAGACAAACCUACACUCAAUUACUUCUACCACCAGGUGAAAAAUGACUACAUGACACAGAUUGGGGAUCAGUUGGAACAAGAUGUCGCCCUCAAACUGGGCUGUCUAGAGAUCAGGCGGUUCUUCAAAGAGAUGCGAGGCAACGCCCUGGACAAGAAGUCCAACUAUGAACUACUGGAGAAGGAUGUUGGUUUAAGGCGUUUUUUCCCCAAAGACUUGCUGGAUUCAGUCAAGGCUAAGACUCUUCGUAAGCUCAUCCAGCAGACCUUCAAGCAAGUGGCCAACCUCAACGACGAGCAGUGCAUCCUGAAAUUCUUGGAGAUCCUCGCUCCCAUCUACCGCUAUGACAAGGAGUGCUUCAAAUGUGCGCUCGGGUCCAGCUGGGUGAUUCAGGUGGAGCUGGCAAUCGGGCCAGAGGAGGGGAUCAGCUACCUGACAGACAAAGGAUCAGCACCCACCCAUCUGGCUAACUUCACCCAAGUUCAGUCCAUCCAGUACUCAGCCAUGGAGGAGAAGGACAGGAAGGGAAUGCUGCAAGUCAACGUGGCGGGAGCUGCUGAGCCUCUCACCGUCACGACAGCCUCCCUGACCAUGGCCGAGAACCUGGCCGACUUGAUUGAUGGCUACUGUCGACUGGUCUCCAUGGAAACCCACUCUUUCAUCGUCAGAGUGCAGAAAGAGGGCGAGAGAGCGCUGCCUUCCAUUCCAAAAGUGUCUAAUAAUGACAAGAAGUUGGAGGCGGUGAAGAGCGGAGUGAGAACUAUUUCCAUCUCAGACCCGGUGCCAUCAUCGACUCUUCCCAAGCCAGCCAAGGCGCGGCGUUUUCUCCUCCCCUUUGUCUUCUGUUCAGAAUCGCCACCCAAUGAAGAUCUUAGCGGGGAUGAGACCGAUGACUACGCCGAGAUAGUUGACGAAGAGGACACGUACACCAUGCCCUCCAUGACCUAUGGAAUAGUGGAAGCGCGGGACUACGAGAUCCAGAGGGAGAGGAUCGAGUUGGGUCGCUGCAUAGGAGAGGGCCAGUUUGGAGAUGUCCACCAAGGAGUCUACAACAUCCCGGACAAGCCGUCCCUCGCCGUCGCCAUCAAGACGUGUAAAAACUGCACUUCAGACAGCGUCAGAGAAAAGUUCUUGCAAGAAGCAUUGACCAUGCGCCAGUUUGACCACCCUCACAUUGUCAAAUUGAUCGGCGUGAUAACAGAGAACCCGGUGUGGAUCAUCAUGGAGUUGUGUACGCUCGGAGAGCUGCGCUCCUUCCUUCAGGUGAGGAAGUACAGUCUGGACUUGGCCACUCUCAUCCUGUUUGCCUACCAGCUCAGCACCGCACUGGCGUAUCUGGAGAGCAAACGCUUUGUGCAUCGGGACAUAGCGGCACGCAACGUGUUGGUGUCUUCGGUGGACUGCGUGAUGUUAGGGGACUUUGGUCUGUCGCGCUACAUGGAGGACAGCUCUUACUACAAAGCCUCUAAAGGUAAGCUUCCUAUCAAGUGGAUGGCUCCCGAGUCCAUCAACUUCAGAAGGUUCACCUCCGCCAGCGACGUCUGGAUGUUUGGCGUGUGCAUGUGGGAGAUCCUGAUGUACGGCAUCAAGCCCUUCCAAGGGGUGAAGAACAACGACGUAAUCGGCAGGAUCGAGAACGGCGAGCGCUUGGCCAUGCCCCCGCAGUGCCCCCCCACCCUUUACAGCCUCAUGACCAAAUGUUGGUCCUACGACCCCAGCAAACGGCCGCGGUUCACAGAACUCAAAACACAACUCAGCGCCAUACUGGAGGAGGAGAAGCUUCAGCAGGAGGAGAGGCUGCGGAUGGAGAUGAGAAGACAAGUCACAGUGUCUUGGGACUCCGGAGGUUCUGAUGAGGCGCCGCCCAAACCUAGUCGGCCAGGUUACCCCAGCCCUCGCUCCAGUGAGGGCUUCUUCUCCAGCCCGCAACACAACCACUUCCCGCCAACAGCCCACGGCGGCGUGGGAGGCGGCUUCCCUGCCGGUGAUUCCUGGAACCAGCACAGGCCCGAACACACAGCACUGUGGAGCCCCAACGUGGAGGACACGGGAUGUGUGGGCCAGGCGCUCAUGGAGGAGAGGCUGAUGAUGCAGCAGCAGCAGAUGGAGGACGACCAGCGAUGGUUGGAGCAGGAGGAAAGCUUCAUGAAGGCCGAGUCCAGAAACAGCCGAGGAAGCAUCGACAGAGAGGACGGCACGCUCCAAGCGCCGGGUGGAAGUCAGCACAUCUACCAGCCUGUGGGGAAACCAGAACACGUGGCGCCGCCUAAGAAGCCGCCCCGCCCCGGAGCGCCUGGCCACCUCGGCAACCUGGCCGGCCUCUGCCCCGUGGACAGCUACAAUGAAGGCGUGAAGUUACAGCCCCAGGAGAUCAGCCCGCCCCCCACAGCCAACCUGGACCGCUCCAACGACAAAGUCUACGAGAACGUGACGGCCCUGGUCAAGUCUGUCAUCGAGAUGUCCAACAGGAUCCAGCCCGCAGCCCCCGAGGAGUACGUCCCCAUGGUCAAGGAAGUGGGUCUGGCGCUGAGGACGCUGCUGGCCACGGUGGAUGAGACCAUUCCUGUGCUGCCUGCUAGCACCCACAGAGAGAUCGAGAUGGCCCAGAAGCUGCUGAAUUCCGACCUGGCGGAGCUGAUCGCCAAGAUGAAGCUAGCUCAGCAGUACGUCAUGACCAGCUUGCAGAAGGACUACAAGAAGCAGAUGCUGAUGGCGGCGCACGCCCUCGCCGUCGAUGCCAAGAACCUGCUGGACGUCAUCGACCAGUCACGGCUCAAGACCAUCACGAGGCCGCAUUAGCCGCCGGACGGAAGCGGGGAAAGGGUCACCGAUGGUGAAACGAUGGCCAGCGGACAAUCAGAUGCCAUCGCAACACCUUUUUGUAAAAAAGACAAAAAACUCUUUCCUCGCAUGUCCUUUCAUUUUUUUGGAUUUAUUUAACACGUGAUGGCUCGUUUGAAGGACUUACCACGUGACGAACUGGAAACCUGAGACAAUGGAGGAGGAUCAUGAAGAUAUUUUCUUUUUUUUUCAUAUAUAUAUAUAUAUUAAUAUUUGCAGCCUUGACUCUUCAUAGGAUGUUUUUUUUUUUUUAAAUCUCACUUUA